CGUAAGACGCCUGCUUCUGCUGCUGCUGGUCGAUCGUCUGGUUUAGUCUUGCUUUGGCGAUCGCAAGGAGCGCAUCCCAACAGGCACCGUUCCAGUGACCGUGGAAGUGAUUUGCUGUGGUUGGUGGUUUGGCAGUGGAAGUUCCCCUGCCAGUGAGGCCCGGAUCCAAAUAGGAAGAAAGCCCUGGGCUCAGACUCAGACAGUAGAAGCGAGCAGUAACGGUGUUUGGGUGUCGCGAUGUCGCGCUUUGCUGGUAAGCUGGUGGUGGUGGUGGUGCUGCUAGUGUGCAGCCCACUGGUGCGGGCGAACGAUGGGCUGCUGGAUGAAGAGUUGUUAGACGACUUCGACGAGGAGGACAUGGAGUUGCUGCGCCGCGUCGAGCAGAAGCACGUGGACAAGGAGCUGGAGCGUGAACAGCAGCUCGCCCACGCCCAGUCUGCCAUCAAUAUGGCGGGCGAGUACGACGGAUACCAGGAUCCCUAUCUGCAGCAGCAGCAGCAGCAGGAGGAGGAGCAAGUGGAGGAGAAUGCACCGAACCGUGCGCCACGGUUGACCGAUCCGUGCCGCGGUGUGCGGUGCGGUGCCGGUCGCAUCUGCAGCGUGAACCACGACGAGAACAAGGCCGAGUGCAUCUGCAUCCCGGAGUGCCCGGUCGAGCUGGAUCCGCGCCGGAAGGUGUGCACCAACCUGAACGAAACGUGGGACUCGGCGUGCGAGGUCCACCGGCAGCGCUGCCUGUGCAACACGCACGAUCCGCUGUGCCGGGGCGAGGGUGUGCGCCACGUCCACAUCGAUUACUACGGCUACUGCAAGCAGAUGCUCGAGUGCUCGGAGAGCGAUCUGGCCGACUUUCCGCGCCGGAUGCGCGACUGGCUGUUCAACGUGAUGCACGAUCUGGCGUCGCGGGACGAGCUGCCGGAGCAGUACCGGGCGCUGGAGCACGAGGCGGAAACCAACAUGACCAAGCGCUGGACGAACGCGGCGAUCUGGAAGUGGUGCGACCUGGACGGGCACCCGCACGACAACACGGUGUCGCGGCACGAGCUGUUCCCGAUCCGGGCACCGCUGAUGGCGCUCGAGCACUGCAUCUCGCCGUUCCUGGAGAGCUGCGACCCGAACGGGGAUCACCGCAUUUCGCUGCAGGAGUGGGGCAAGUGUCUCGGGCUCGAGGAGGACGAUCUGACGGCGCGCUGCGCCGAGAUCACCAAACCGGACGAGCCGGAGCGGAACGACAUCGAGGCCGCCGUCUAGGCCCCUGUCGUCGUCGUCGUCGUCGUCGACUACAACGAGCAGAAGGACGCGCACAGCGUUCUUCCAUUCCUUAUUAUUUUUUUUUUUAUUACUAGCGCUACGCACCCGCUAUAUUGAGCCAUAUUAAUCUCUCCUAAUUCGCUCCCUCCCCCCUUGCUCGUCGUCGAUUGACACUUUACUAAAACCAAUAAACGGAAAUGUAUAGUAUAUCCUGCCAA